AUGCCGAUUACCUGCGGAGAUAUCCCUCGUCUGAUCUGCUCAGUCAUCAUCCCGCCCGUCGGCGUGUUCUUCCAGGUUGGAUGCACAAAGGACCUCGCGAUCAACUGCCUGCUUACGGUUCUCGGGUCGCACACGUACAUUGAAGAGGAGGGCUAG